CGCUUCUCUAGUAAGUUUCGUCUGUGUGUGAAGACGCUGCGCAGCGCAAAUCCGUGAAUGAAUGUUCCGAAGAGAAGUAAACUUCAAUGGAUUUUCCCUGCUCAGGGAGUAGGGAGCAAAGAACACUGUCACCAGAAAGAUGAUGAGACUCGACCUGCAACAAAAACAACACACUCACAACCUACACUACCAGCUGUAUUUGAACAGCAAAGAAAGUAUGAAGCAAACUCAAAUGAAGCUAAAAAGCUGAACAGGGCUGUAGCAGUGUACAUAUGCAUGGAUCAGGUUCCUGUGUAUACUGUUGAGAAACCUGGCUUCAAACAACUUCUUGAACAUUUGAACAACAGGUAUGCCCUUCCUUCACGGAACUUUUUCAUGCACACCGAAAUCCCAGCCCUAUAUAAUGAAACGAAAGAAAUAGCCAUGAACCAUCUUGGAAGGAAAACCAUUUUUUCAUGCACCACUGAUCUGUGGACAAGCAGAGCUGGUGUUUGGGCUGCUUGAGGGAAGCAUUGGAAGAGAUGAUACAAGAAACAUGGAAGCUGGACGUCAUGCAUGGCUGGUAUCACCACUGAUAAUGCUUCAGCAAACAAGAAAGCAUUUCAGCAAGACCUCACAUGGGUCCCCUGCUUUGGGCAUAACUUGCACCUAGCCAUUAACAAGGGCCUGUAUAUAGACCGUGUGUCUGGAUCACUGUCGAGGUUGAGAAAGACAGUGUCUGCCUUCAGCAGGUCACCGAAGAUGUUGCGACAGCUGAAGAAAAAACAAAAAGAUUUGCAACUGCCUGAACACAGAAUGAUCCAUGAUGAGCCCACACGCUGGGACUCAGCUUAUAAAAUGGUGGAGAGAUUUCUAGAACAGCAGCAAGCUGUCUGUUCAGUUCUAGCUGAUGAUCGGAAGAAAUGGCACCUCAUGCCCAAAGAUUCAGAUAUUACAGUUCUUGAGACUGUAAAAGAGGUAUUGAGCCCUGUCAGCUCUUUCACGGAUGCCCUUAGUGGUGAAAAACACACCACUCUCUCUGCAGUCCUGCCUCUGAGUUGGAAGAUUUUCUCUACUUUGACAGUUGAGGAAGGUGACAACAACCUAAAACGUCAACUUAAAGACAACAUCAAAGAAGCUCUCAGACAGAGAUAUGAGAACACACAUCUGCAGCUGAUAUUAAACACAGCCACAUUUCUUGACCCAAGGUUCAAGGACAGUUUUGUAACCUUAAGAGAGGAGGUUAAACAAAAUCUUAUGGUCAGUGUCAAUUUGCUAGAAGCAGGGGGCCAAAGUCAGCAAACAUCAUCUCCAGAUGACAAGCAGCAACCAGCAAAAAAAACUAAAUCAGAUCUGAAGAGACUGUUAACAAGCAUACAGGGGGGAAAAAAGAGUGAACAUGGAGAGGGUUCAUCAUCCAGAGAAGAAGGUGAGGGUGCAGAAACGGAACUCAAAAAUGAGUUCUCAGUAUAUGAAAAGAUGCCUGAAAUCAGUGCAGAAGAGGACCCACUCACAUGGUGGAGGACACAUGAGACAACUUUACCUCACCUUGCCCAGUUUGCUAAGAAGUAUCUGUGCAUCUUUGCUUCAAGUUCAGCUUCAGAGUGUGUAUUUAGUACAUCAGGGCUCAUUUGCAAUGCAAGAAGGGCACGACUUACAGAGGUGCACGUUGACAUGCUGGUGUUCCUAGCUCAAAAUCUGAAAGUUGCAAAAUAACUUUAGGAUACAGUAAUGGGUGUCAAUUUCACUCACCUCUGUAGAGAAAAUCUGCAUAUAAUUGCAGUAACAGAUUCCAUUUAAUUAUUUUGUUUACUAAUUUGUUACUUGAUGCAUAAGAUUGCACUGAUUUUGUUUUUGCUUAAAGUUUAAGUAUAUUUUGUUGAUAUUGUGAUUGGAUUUGAUUUUACUUGGAAAUACAAAAGAUUGCACUUUUUUUUUUUUACUUGCACUUUAUUGGUUUUUGAAUGUAUGGCAAUCUGAGAGGCUUUUGAACAAGUGCACUACCUCAAGACAUUUUUGUUCAUAUAAAAUAUACUUCAUUGUCAUGUUCUAGACUUGUUAUAUUUAUCUUUAAAUUAAAAAAUAAAAUAAAAAUUACCUUAAUAUUGUGGCAGUUGUUUUCUCCGUGGUAUCGAAUAUCGAUAUUUUUCAAGGUAUCGUAUCGAAGUUAGAAAUUCCAGUAUCGUGACAACACUAGUGGGCGGGAUUAUACACAUAGCCCCAUCAAGCUCUCGCUGGAUCCGCUCCUUGGCUAUCAGUGAGGAAUGUCUAUACUUCCUCAACAGACCACGAAACAGCAAUUUUUUUGGUUGUUAAAAAAAAAAAAAAACAGUCGUGUUCGUUCAAAAAAAAUGAACGCUGGCUGUGCUGAUUUAAAUCUAGCGGGUCUAGUGUCUCGUGUCGUAAGAUCAAUGACACAGGUAGUGACAAUUCUCUCCGGCCAAUCAGUGAUCAGCAGGGUUUACAUGUAACAUUUUGGUAAGGGUACGGCUCGUUUGGAACCUCAGUCGAGGAGGUAUUGAAAAAUCUACCAGGUACUCUACCCAGUGGAAAACCCCCCAAAAGUGAGUACCGUUCUGUACCAUGCAGUGGAAAAGCGCCAUAUAAGGGACUGUAAGGGACUUGAGUGUAUCUCAAGUUUGUUUUCUUUUGUUAGUGAUGAGGAAUGGAGAAUUCAAUCCAAUAUUUGUAUUACUACAUGCAUGUCUAAAAGCACUGGUGUGUUGCAACCUUUAAUAAAAAUCCAAAAAUUCACUUGACACUUAAUGCACAGACAUACCCAGUGACAACAUCGUAGAAAAGAAAAGGUCUAUUAACAUAAUGAUGUGCAAUCAAUUUUUUUUAUUUUUUAUUUUUUUAAAGAUACACAAAGUUAACCGCAAAUAAAAUAUAAAUUAAAAUGAUUUACCUCCAUUAGUUAAA